GCCGAGUGUAAAGCUAGCACUUCUCCAGUGAACACAGAGACACAUUUCACUGAGAACCUGAGCUCAAGAUAACAACCCAUCUCUGUACUUUACAGACUGAAAAAAUGAGAACUGCAGUGUGUACCAUCUUUCUCUUUCUGAGCCUAUAUCAAGGCGAGGCACUAAAGUGUAACUACUGUUUCUCAAAGGGGGGUAGUCUCUGCACCCCGACCAGCAUCCAGACCUGUUCAGGAUCAACUAAUGCUUGUGGUGCUGUCAUAUUCCAAGACCCACUGAACUCUUCGUUCCGUCAGUGCAUGAACAUGGCGGUGUGUCAGGGCUACAUCACAACACCUGGCGUGAUUGCCAGCUGCUGCAGCACCGACCUCUGCAACUGAGCCUCUUCUCCUUAGCCUGUGACCACAUGGUCUUUGAUCAUAGUUUCUUCAAACUGUAGUCUGUUGGCUUCAUAUUGCUGUUAUUCUGCUGCACACAAAUCUAAGUCUGUUUGAAUUGUUUCAAUGAAAUUAAAAGGUUGAAUGGUA